CGUGGCAUCCCUGUUUAGCCCUCUUCCGCGCUUGUGAUUGGCGGGCGCCGCCGGUUGCUUCCGGGUUCUGUGUUGCUUUCGGCGGCGUCGGUCUUCCCGGAGGGGCCCCCACUGCGAUCUUGCUCGUCUCGCCAAGAUGAACCGCUUCUUCGGAAAGUCGAAGCCCAAGGCGCCGCCUCCCAACCUGACGGACUGCAUCGGCACGGUGGGCGCCCUUGCUUCGGGGGGUGGGGCGGGGCUCCGUCCCGUUGCUAUAGAAACCCAGCCUCCAGCACCCCCCCCCCACCUCGGGGUCCUGCAGGAAUGAUGCGGAGCCUUCGCUUUGCCAGGCCUGACCAUGGGGGGGGGGAGUGAGGGGGUAGAAAGUAGAUCACGGCCCCCCAUCGCCAGUGGAUCACCUGAUCCCGACUGCUCCAGGAUCUGAGCUUUCCAGAGGAAUCGCAGAGCGCUGGAAGGGGUACCCAAAGGGAAGCCGCCCAUGAUGAUGAUGAUGAUUAUUAUUAUUAUUACUAUUACUACUACUACUACUAUUAAUACAUCUCUGCUAUGCCUUGUCCCCCUUACAACACAACUUAUGGGUAAAAAUAAGGACAACUAAAAACAGAAAGAGAGAGAGAGAAGCAUUAAAAAGCAUUUAAACACACAUACCCUGGCAGAUUAACAACUUAUUCUACGAAGAUUACAGAAGGAGAGAGGGGGUCAGACUGUGCCUUGGCCAAAAGCUUGGCGGAACACCUCCAUCUUGCAGGCCCUGUGGAAAGAUGUCAAAUCCCGCAGGGCCCUAGUCUCAAGGGCAGCCCCACAUAGAGUGAGUUACAGUAAUCAAGCCUGGAGGUGACCGUCGCGUGGAUCACAGUGGCUAGGUCAGGGCAAGAGAGGUAAGGAGCCAACUGCUUAGCUUGGCGGAGAUGGAAAAAUGCCACCUUUGUUGUAGCUGCAAUCUGCGCCUCCAUGGAAAGGGAGGUGUUGAAGAUUUACUGUUCAAAGAGUAAUCAAUAUCUCACUGGGCGUAUUCCUCCCCUUGGAUGUGCCUAUGUAGCUCUUUGGAUCCAAGCCAAGAUCACGGCAAAGGAUGUUGCCUUGUUUACAUAUAUAGCAACUAGUUUCUUUUAACGAGGUGAGUGAGCAGUGGUGGUCCCCGCUUACCUCUUGCCCCAAGUGGCCUGUUAUUGCAUGUGUGGUACCAUUGCAUGGUAGGAGGAUGCUUCCAAACAUUACCUUGCCUGGCUAGAGAGAGUACUGAUUCUUUUGUCAUUCAUAACUGAACUUUUUUUUUCUCUUCCUCAUCUUUCCUUUUGCUAAAGGUGGAUAGCAGAGCAGAGUCUAUUGACAAGAAAAUUUCCAGGCUUGAUGCAGAACUGGUGAAAUACAAAGAUCAAAUGAAGAAAAUGAGGGAGGGGCCUGCAAAGGUAAGAUGUGAACAAUUUAGGGUGAGGCCACUCAAGCCAUGUGACAUUAAAACUAGUUUUCCAGGUUUUUAAAAAUGUUGGUGAAUGUCCACAAUUGUUUUAUCAGUGUCUGAGGCCUGUGCCAUGCAGGGCUUCAAGAAAUACCUAAUGUGUAAGACACACUGGGUGGCCAUAGGCCAGUGGCAUUCUCUCUGAUUUACCUCACAAGGUGGUUUUCAGGAUGAAAGGAAGUAGGUGGGAAAACAGAGGAAGGAUGGGUUCAAAUAUAUAUAUAAGUAAGUAAUACUAGGGAGUUAUUAGUUAUUUAGCUUGCAAAUUUUAUUGGGUAGACUUCAGCAUGAAGUACAUUCUCAUUUGUGCUUGUAAACCUCCUUGGAUGUUGGUGUGGAAAGAUGGUAUAUAAAUCUUAAAAGUAAGCAAUCUUGACUUUUUAAAUGUUGCAAGUUAAUCCUUGGCAUUGACAUCUGAUUUUUACCUUUUCUCUAGAACAUGGUAAAGCAGAAAGCCCUGAGAGUGUUGAAACAGAAGCGAAUGUAAGUUUCAUACUCUCUUCAACUUUAUUUUUUGAAACGGAGUAUUAAUUUGAAAGGAGUGGAAACACAUGCCCUUAACUUUUGGCUUCUCUUAGUUAACUAGACUACCAUUGCCGCUACUCGACCAUUCCCCAAGUUCUGUGGCUCAUGCAGAGAAUGUGGCAAUAAGGAAGAGCAACCCCGCCAGCCCUAAGUUGCUAUAAUGGGUUGUUUCUCACACUGUGAUGUUUCCUGGCUAUAGUCACGCCACCUACUUCCACUUCUAGCAGAGGCUGUGGCCUCAGUCCCAGCCAGCUGCACCAUUGCCUGCUGGCAGAAAGAGAGAGAGAUGUAAGUGGACACCAAGAUGGGGCACUGGGAGGAAACUCAAAAUGCAGGAGCAGCCAUGUUCCUUGGACAUACGGAGGAUAAGCAACCCAUUUCACAGUUUUCAGCUUAACCAUCUUCCUUCACUGAUUUGAAACUGGAGAAUAAAGUUGUCUACAGUACAGUUGGUGUCACCUAGUAGUAUGACUGUCAUAGUUAAAGGGCACAUGCACUUAAAAAAACAAUUUUUCCUUUCUUUGGGAUCAAACUUCAGAUUUCAUACAGUGUUCUUGAUCCACUGUCAUGGAAAAAGGUGGGGUAUAAAUAAAUAUACAGUAUAAUAAUAACAGUAAUCUCUGGAAUGGAGAACAGACAGCAGCUCUAGUUUGUGAGUUACCGUGACUCAGGGUCUGAAAGCUUUGUGUCUUGACCAUAGGUAUGAAAACCAACGAGAUAACCUCGCUCAACAGUCUUUCAAUAUGGAGCAAGCCAAUUAUACCAUCCAGUCUCUGAAAGAUACAAAAACAACGGUAAUUUUGGUUUUCAUUUAAAUUUUUACUUGCAUUUAUCUAUGUGUUCUAGUGGGUCUUAAUAUUUUACCUGGCUACUUCUCUAGGUUGAUGCCAUGAAACUGGGAGCGAAGGAAAUGAAAAAGGCUUACAAGCAAGUAAAAAUAGAUCAGAUUGAGGUAAGUUUCAGUGUUACAUGAAAAAUAAUCACUGAUGACUCUACAAGCAUGUUUACACUUAAAUCUGAAUUAGAGUACCUCUUUUAUAAUGCCUCUCCCUCCCUUUGGAAUGUGUCUUAUUUUUAUAUCUGUCCCAAGGAAUAAAUAUUACCAGUAGUAUUUUGUAUGAGCCAAACUGUUUUUGAGGCUAAAACUUUUUGUGAGCGAAAAAGAAAGGCAGAAUGCAGAAUGUAUAUCUGAACUGCAUACCAGUCAAGUUAAUUAAAAAGAUUUUGUUCAUUUUAGGCAAAUAAAUAGGACCUAAUGAAUGCUUACCAUUGUUUCACAAUCAAAUAGACCUCUUACCUCCUGUCAUUUGGAUUUAUAUUUCAUAAUAAACUUCAGGACUUGCAAGACCAAUUAGAAGAUAUGAUGGAAGAUGCUAGUGAAAUUCAGGAAGCAUUGGGUCGUAGUUAUGGAACCCCCGAAAUUGAUGAGGAAGACUUGGAAGCAGGUGAGUUACAAAUUAAUUCUAACUGCAAAGCUAGGAUGUAAUGGGUUCAGGCAGAUUAUGCAGGCUCAAUUCCAACAUUGGUUAAGACUAGGUUAACAUUGGUUAAUCUAGGUUAAGGACGUUUUAACUUUUUUGAUUUGCAAAUCUUUGGAAACUGGAGAGACUGUUUGGGGCACUACAUGCACACACCACAACUGUGUACACUCCCCUCUCUGUCAGCAAGUAGAGUUUGAAAAAAGUUUUCACUUUUCUCCCUAGGUCUUUUUUUGUUGUUUGUGCGCAGGGGAUGGUCUUCCUGGAGGGUGUAGUUUGGGUAACAAAUGUUAACCUUCCCUCCCUGGCUGCAGCCUCCAUGAAGAUCAUCCUCUGCAGUGAUUCAGCUUGGAAAAAAAGCAUUCCGUCGACCACAAUGCAAAACUGUUUUACAGACUAAUUGUGUGAUCCUUUCCUUGCCUUCCCUCCUGCAACCCUCACAUUGUUCCUUCUCUAUUGAGAUUAGGUUUGUAGGCUUGAUAUAUGCCUUCUGUUGUAUCUUUUUUGGUGCGGAGGGAGACACAUUUUCUGCAGGAGUGAAUACUGUCCUCAGGAAGACUGCAGUUAGGCCUGGAAAAGUGUAUUUUGUUAGCUAAAAUAUAUGGCUUCCUUUAAACAACAUAUCAGCAGCCAUUGGGUUGGGGGUGGGAAGAAGACCCUGCAGGAGCCUGGGAAGAACUUUGUUGGCACAGGUGUGCUCAUGGGCACCUUGUUGGCAACCCCAGGAUUAGUGUGAUGUCCAAAUUGAUAAACCAGGUGCACCUGUGUCCCUUGUUACUGACUUUCAGGAAGAAUCUCAAAACAUUCCUGUCUACUAGGCAGUUGAUGGCUGAAAGGCACUGUUCAUGGCAACCCUGAGAUUAUCGGUUAAGGGAAUCUUUAAAGUGUGUUUUGUUUUAAGAUGUUACAUUAUUGAUCUUUUUGCUUUCCUGGGCUCCUUCAAGAGGGAUAUAAAUUAAGUAUUAGAGUUUAUGCUAUCUGAGGGCAAUCUCUUCAGAAAUGUUCAUUUUAUGUGCUGUACAAUAGGUACUGAAAUACUAUUUCAAGUUCAGGGACAAGUUCAGCCACCCUCAGUUUUCCUGUUAGUGAUAGACAUUUUGUGUCCUAACAACAAUUUUAGAGCUGGAGGCACUAGGUGAUGAACUUCUAGCUGAUGAGGAUAGCUCCUAUCUGGAUGAAGCUGCAUCUGUUCCAUCAAUUCCAGAAGGAACGCCAACUGAAGCAAAAAACAAAGUAAGUCUUCUUUCCCACCUCAUAUUAUGCGCAAUACAUUUACAACAGCGUCACCAACAUCAGACCCAAUAGAAUACAGUGCUUGGAUAGGUUUAUUGCCCUCAUCCUUUUCUUUCUUUCUUUUUAAUUAUCUUGGGGGGGAUCAAUAUAUUUAUUAGGAAAUAUAUCUGUAUCUUCAGUACUAAUAAUUAAGCGGUAUAAGUGCAAAGGAACAUUCGAAGCUGCAUUAUAAAGCAAGUCAGGACAUUGGUCCACCUAGCUCAGUAUUGCUUACACUGGUUGCCAGCCGUUCUCUGGGGUGCAGGCAGGAAUCUUUCCCAGCCUUAACUGGAGAUACCAGACAUUAAACCCUGGGACCUUUUGCAUGCAAAACAUGUGCUUUGAGUUAUGGCCCUUUCCCAGGUAAUGUAUUUGAUUGAACAGCUGUGGGCAGGGCAAUAAGGCAAACAAUGUUGGCAAACAAUGUUGAAGAAAACUUAACUAUGGUUUGGCAUGUGGUUUUAUGUUGUAAACUGCCCUGUGAUCAUCUUAUGAAGGUUGGUAUAUAAAUUUAAUAAAUAAUCAUUUUGCAUGGUGUCGGAAUUGAAAAAUUAGGAUUUGCAAUCAGCCAGCAAGACAGAAUGAGAACCCUGGUAUGAAGUAAGUUUGCAAACCACAGUUUGUGGCUAGCUAUAGUUUGGCACAGUGUUUGAUUUGACAAGCUAUCUGUUGCCAUCAUGCCACCUCAAGGUUGCUGUACCAUGGAAAUAGGAGUAAACCCACAAAGCUGAGAGGCUGGAAAAUAAAAGCAGACAGGUAGCUUGAAACCAUGGUUUCCCUGGAAGCUCAAAUCCUAGCUUGGGUUCUCAACUAUGGUUAGUGCAAAGCAAAGUUCAAUGUUUGUUUAAAUUGACCUUGUGCCUUAACCUUUUAUGUUAUGUACACUUUCUAAGUACCAUUUGCUGCUUAAUUUAAAUUUAUGACACAGUAUAACACCCUGGUCCUGUAUUUAUAUUACACCUUCACUGGGCAGACAAAUGAGGCUGACUCUUUCUCCAUUUAUAUAUGAAAACAAAAUGAAAUAUUUCUCUGGCUAUCCUCAAACUAAAUCUUGGUUGUAUUAUAGAUAAUCCUGUUAAAUGGUGGUCUCUUGCCAGCUGUUGUCCUUCUACAUUAUCUUUGCCAAGCAAACAUAAUAUCAGCCUUUGUUGCUAGCCUCCUUGAGUGUGUUAGAAUGACAGUUGAUGAAAUAUUAAUAAACAAGUGGCUCCUGUGGUGUGGAUGCACUGGUAGGUUCACUGUUUGCUGGUGCUGAUAUCUCAGGAUAUAGACAGUAAGAUUAACAUACAUAUUUUAUAUACUUUAUACUAUUAACCACAAUUGUUUGCUUUUCCUCUCAUAGGAUGGUGUACUGGUGGAUGAAUUUGGAUUGCCACAGAUCCCUGCAACAUAACUUCUCUAGCUCAGAGGGACUGCUGCUUUUCAUCUUUCUUAAGAAGAAUACCAUGGGUGGUGCAGAUAAAGCUUUCCAGUACCACUUGAUAUCACUACAUAACAGAAUGUAGAGUGAAUGAGUGACAAAUUCCCCUCCUUUUGAAGACAUUUUAUUACUAGCUUUUGUAUUAACAGCAAGAAAUUGGUACAACUCUUUCCUGCAGUGGGAUCUGUUCACAAGUUCUGAAAUUUGGCUUCAUCACUCCUGUAGUGUUGUAGUAUUAUUCUGAAAAUUACUUUGGGCUAUUUAUGGUUUUCUUUGAUUUAUAUUUCUCCGGACUACAAAGGGCACUGUGAUGGUAUUUCUUAGACUAACUUUAUUGUGCUUGCUUUAAUCAUGCAUAUUUUCUAAUAAUGCUACCAUUUGCCAUUUAUUGUGGAUAUAUUUGCUAUAGCCCUUAAAUGUAGCUGAGUAACAAAAAGAAGCAAAGGAGAUUACAUUGUAUAAUCCAUUUUGACCUAAAUUAUAUACCGUUUAGGGUUGCUUGAUCUCUAUAGUGUUAUUAUUAUUUUUUUAAGGUGCAGUUCCUUCUGUCUCAGUUAUUGUUAAAUAUCAAGAUGUCAACUUUUUGAUGUCAUUGGUCUCCAGCUGGUACAGGUGCUUGUGAAACUAUUGUUUCUUCCAUUUCUGCAUGGGAACUAUUUAUGUGUUUCGGAAUCCACAAAUGUCAAAAAGCCUGAAGACCUUUGUCCCUCCCCAUGUCUUAGUUUAAAAGCCUGAUCAGUAGCUCAUUUUAUUGGAGGGCCACUUUGAGGAGGGUGGGACAAGUCGGCCCCCAGGAGACAGUAAACCAGUCCCAUUGUCAAAGCCACUACUCCCUCUGUGUACGUUGGUGUGGGUUGGCAGCUGGGACUUGGCCAGCUGCUAAUACUCAAAGGGCUGGACUUGGCCAGGUAAAGAAAAUAAUCCACAUUGCUAUGUCACCUGCCAUCUCUUCCUCAUUAAGUUAAACAGGAUACACUUGUCCAAAGUCAGUGUGAAUAGGCUUCCACCCCAAUGAGACAGUUUCUAUUUGUGUAGUCUUUUUGUGUAGAAAUUUGAUGUUGCACUUUAAUAAGUUCCAUCUUGUGAAAUGAUGAAUAUGGAUAAUUCCCUGCAAGGGGUUGUUGCAGAUGACUGUAGGGUGAGUGAUGUCUUCAGCAGCCAUGAUGAUUCGGGAAGGAUUCCCUAAAAGGUAGCAAAGAUUGACCGUGAUUCCUUUAGGAAACUAGAUAAUGUUCAAUAAAAACCAGUUGGCUGGCUGGCAAUGGAGGUAUCACAGGUAAUAAUCACAUAUGCUCCAUAAAAUGGUAUGCUUAUUUACCAAGACCGUUCCUGUUCAGAAAUAAAACUGGUGAAGCUUUUUGUGACAGGGAAGCAGGGCAGGCACUGGGGGAAAGUGCUCAUUCUACAUUUCUGCGUGUCAGGCUGCUGUUAAAGGCACAAGAGCAGCACCAAACACACAACCCCCAAAUUCUUCUGCAUAGACAGGGAAAAGCUGUCUGAAAUGUCAUAUUCCCUCUUUCGAACAUGCUCAGGUUCAGAGAUCUUCAGAGGGGAAGCCUCUGCCCUGCCACCCUCACAGGCACACUCGGUGGGCAUGUGGGAGAGGGCCUUCUCGGUGGUGGCUGCUCCCAGACUUUGGAACUCCCUCCCUGGAGAAGACAGUGCUCCCUCCUUGCUGUCCUUCCGCUGGCAGGUGAAGACCACCUUGUUCCAACAGGCUGCUGGGAACCAACUGCUUCGAAUGAAAGGGCUGGUGCUGUGCUGUUUUUGGUGGAUUGUAUGGUUUUAAUAAAAAAAAUUAAUACUGU